GUUCUACCGCAUAGCAGGCAAUGAUCAAGGAAAGUUAAUGUCUGAAGCAGGCUGAACCGUCUGAACCUAUAUCACUGGAAAGAGAUAGUCAAGCGAUUAGAUCUAAACACAGUUUCGGUUGUGCGAAAAUAAAAAUAUUGCAAAGGUGCUGGAUUUUAUUUACACUGACAGUACACGGUAUAGAAUGAGGAUAUGACCGAUAUAACUGACUGAGUAGAACUCAGGAUAAAUUGCAACUGCUUGUAGUGUGUGGAUUUUAAGUCUUCCAAUUUUGAACUCUCGAGUUUGUUGGUAAAAAUGGACGAUAAGGCUGAAGUGAAUGAGAAUGAAUCUCAUAAAGGGGAAGUUAAUGAGAAAGAAAUAAAAUCUAAGAGUGCAAAGAAGAGAAAUCGUCGAAAGAAAGGUCAUGGAGGAGGCGACAAGAUGUUGGAUGAAGCGGAAAUCCAGGCAGGAUGCAAUAUAUCUCUUCAAGACAUCCGGAAAGCCGUGGAGGUUUUGUCAUUCCAACAGAAACCAGCCAAGACAACAGAAGAGGCUCUUCAAAAACAAUAUCAGUUUUGGAACACUCAACCAGUUCCCAAAAUGGAUGAGAAGAUAACAUGUAAUGAACCAAUUGAACCUGUGAAGGGUACGUUGGAGAUUCGUGCGGAACCCUAUUCACUACCUGUUGGCUUCCAGUGGGAUACAUUGAAUCUUGAUGAACCUCUUGUGUUGAAGGAGCUGUACAUGCUGCUGAAUGAAAACUAUGUGGAAGAUGAUGAUUCCAUGUUCCGCUUCGAUUAUCCUCCAGAGUUUCUUAAGUGGGCACUCCAACCUCCUGGAUGGCGUCAAGAUUGGCACUGCGGUGUUCGUGUGAUUAAGAACUGCCGACUUGUAGGUUUUAUCAGUGCCAUCCCUGCUACACUUAGAAUAUAUAACCAUUCACAGAAGAUGGUGGAAAUCAACUUCUUGUGUGUGCACAAAAAGCUUCGUUCAAAGAGAGUAGCUCCUGUAUUGAUUCGAGAAAUUACUCGCAGGGUAAAUCUUACUGGCAUAUUUCAAGCUGUGUAUACUGCGGGUGUUGUUCUGCCUAAACCUGUUGGGACUUGUAGGUACUGGCAUCGUUCAUUGAACCCCAAGAAGUUGAUUGAAGUAAAAUUCUCACAUUUAAGUCGUAACAUGACCAUGCAACGUACACUGAAACUUUAUAAGCUUCCAGAGAAAACGCGGACACCUGGCUUCCGCAAAAUGGUUGCUGCUGACCUCCCCCGAGCACACAAACUUGUUGCCGAGUAUUUGACGAGGUUUGAUCUGGCACCGACUUUUUCAGAAGAGGAUUUCCGACAUUGGUUUCUGCCACAGACUGGUAUUGUUGACAGUUUUGUUGUGGACAAUGGCUCAGAGCUCACUGACCUUGUGAGUUAUUAUACUUUACCAUCGACCGUUAUGCACCACCCAGUUCACAAGACAUUGAAGGCUGCAUAUUCAUUCUACAAUGUUUCCACGGCAACCAGUUGGGUGGAUCUUAUGAGUGACGCCCUUGUCUCUGCCAAAAAUAAUGGAUUUGAUGUAUUCAAUGCCCUGGACCUCAUGGAGAACAAGGAGUUUCUUGAGACACUGAAGUUUGGAAUUGGCGAUGGAAAUCUCCAGUACUACCUAUACAAUUGGCGUUGUCCACCUAUCCCACCCAAUAAAAUUGGUCUGGUGCUUCAGUAAAAGUGUGAUAUGGUACUCCAGUACAGUGUGAACAGACAGCAGUUCCCUGAACAUGGUUCCUAUGGCGUGUAAGGGUUUGGAAUUCCAGUUCCUACAGAACAUGCUCCUCCAUCAUGUUAGGAAUACACACACGCACACACACAAAGUGUGACACACAUUAACACACAUUUGUGUUCUUGUCUCCACUACUGGGAUAUUUCAGCAGGUCAUUGCUGUGGACUUUACUGUGUGUAGGAUGUAGCCCUACACAAGCAUUGUGUUGCUCUUUAUCUUUGCUUCUGGUCUGUGACACAGAGUAGGGUCAUUUAGGUCCUACCUAGUUUAUUGCAAAUGUUCUUUAUAUGAUUUGUAGGCAAACAAUAAAUGAACUCUUUUGAAAAACUAAUCAGACAUACUCUGUUUUUAGGGUACUAGUCAAUGAAAGUUACAUGUGAUUUUUUUAUCUUUAUUUACAUGAUUAUAAAUAGGCCUGCUGCCCUAGGAAGUACAAACCAAUGAAGUGGCUUCUUAUCUCUUUAGUAUUUUAUAUGGUAAAUAUGUUCAUGCUGGUUCAUAAUUUUAACUGGCUUUAAAUUAAAUAUUGUUCAUUUGGAGCACUGGGUAUAAUGACACGCUUUCUGAGAUAUAUAAAUUUUCAGUUUUAAGUCGUUAAUAUACACUGUAAUUUGAGCUGUUUGACAACAAGCAAGCAGCUGAAAUUUGUAAAAGGGCAAGUAGCAGAUGACUUUUAUUUCAUUUGCACAUUAUGAAUGGUGAUCAUGCUCUUUUGUAUCAUAUUAUAGUAUAUUAUUGUUGAAUUUAAAAAAUUGCUGUAUUAUGGUUACAUUCAAAACAGUUGGGAAGUAUGAAACUCCAGUUUCCCUGGUUCUUAUGGUAUGUAGAUCAGCAAGAUUGUUUUAUAUGUGGAUCACUAAAUCAUAGUAAAAUGUUGAUAAAGUGAACAUUACACCAACAAGAGUUUCAAUUUUCCCAGUUGAUUUCCUACCUUGAUGUAUUUUCCCAGUUGGUUUUCUACCUGGAUGUAUCAUAAUUAAUUUCCUUUGUGCAAAAUUCAAAUUACAUCUCAAUUUUUAGACAGUUUGCCAAAAUCAAAAAUUUUUAAAUGUCAAAUGCAGUAAAAAGUUGAAACUCACUAAUUUUUCACAAGCAACUUUGUCCUUUACCUCUUCACACUAAUAAAACUGAUACUAGUACUGCAUAAAGAAAGAGCAAAUGAAUAGAAAGAGUGUUAUAUUUACAUGUACAAGGCCCAAAGUAGAAAAAUACCAACUGCGUUAUAUUCACAGAGCAGGAGGCAUUACAGCUGUAGUGGAGUACGAGUUAAGAUGGAGGCAGCAUGAUGCAAAUGAAAAAGAGAAGGACCAGGUAGGAGAAUGUGAUUGAGACAGGGGGCCAGUUAUAACCAGCAUCUUUCAGUUUCCACAAACUUGGUUGGACUUGUGUUCAAAACUAUGAGAACUUUAUUUGGAAGUUUCUGUUAGGCAUGCUAUCUUAAAUGUAAACAAAUUUAAACAAGAAAAAGAGUAUACUGUACAUACUGUGAGAGUGAGAGUAGAAAUUUCAUUGUAGCAAAGAAAUGUGAUAUAAUAUUAAGCCAUUUACUUUCACUAAGUCUUUUCCUUCUUUGUGUUUUCCCAUAUUUAUAGGUUCGUGUUUUCACAUUCAAAUCAAAGUUAUCAACAGAAAUAAAAUGGACAUGUUUGAAGAUAUAAAUAAAGCUGUUAACAGAUGAUUCAUAGAAGUAUUCAGUAAGCAUUCCUGUCUAUGAGUCGCUACUGUGUAGAAAAAUAUUGUUUUAUACAAUCACUUGGCAUUUUUAAUUGCAGAGGAAUAAGUUAAAGAUGAUGUGUAGUGAAGAAGCGCGUGCCCUGUCUGAUGUAGGCACAAGGCAGAGUAAAAAUGAAAUUAUGUGAUAGAUUACUCAAAUUAUAAAAUUCUUAAUGCAUAUAAAGCUCAGAUUUCUGUCACUUGAAGCAUAAUUGUACACUUGUGAUCAAAAGCAUUAUAAGAAAAAGAGUAAAAGAUAUUGGAUGAUAAUA